GCCCCAUCAUUGGCAUCAGUGGGAGGAAUACUGCCCCAUCAUUGGUAUCAGUGGGAGGAAUACUGCCCCAUCAUUGGUGUCAGUGGGAGGAAUAGUGCCCCAUCAUUGGUGUCAGUGGGAGGAAUAUGCCCCAUCAUUGGUGUCAGUGGGAGGAAUAGUGCCCCAUCAUUGGUAUCAGUGGGAGGAAUAGUGCCCCAUCAUUGGUAUCAGUGGGAGGAAUAGUGCCCUAUCAUUGGUGUCAGUGGGAGGAAUAGUGCCCCAUCAUUGGUGUCAGUGGGAGGAAUAGUGCCCCAUCAUUGGUGUCAGUUGGAGGAAUAGUGCCCCAUCAUUGAUGUCAGUGGGGGGAAUAGUGACCCAUCAUUGGUGUCAGUGGGGGGGGGAGUGGAAAUAGUGUCCCAUCGUUGCUGUUGGUGGGGGGGAGGAAUAG